AUGAUCCAACGAACUCUUCCACGACUUGCCACGAUAUCGUCAGGCAAAUCUUUGCGUAGCAGAGGCCCGACUCUGACUCUGGAGCAAUUCGUCCAGCGACAGAAGGUGCUUGCUCUGUGGCGAGACUGCGUUCGAACAAUCUACAAGAUACCAAAGUCUUCUGAUACUCGAGGAGAGAUGAGGGACUUCGCUCGACAUGAGUUCGAGAGAUACAAGCAUGUCAACGACAUCUCGCAUAUUCGAUACCUCACCUCAACAGGCAAGACUCAACUUGAUAGUAUGAGGAGGCUUGUCGAGCAGAAUGUGAGGUGA